GAAAAUCAUGCGAGCGAGCAUAAUCGUCAUUCUGGCUUUCGCCGCCGAAAUGAUCGUCGUCGUAGCGACAUCUAGAAAUCAUAAUUAUUUUAAUGUUCCAAAACAACCGAAAUAUUCCGAGCAUCGAAUAAUCCGAACUAUUGCGCCUCCGGAAUCGCAAACGAGUUACGGUUAUGGAAAAAGGCAAAGUUUCGUCGAUGCUCCAGAAAUGACUAAACACGGACGAAUUUUAUCUACUCUUUUAGAAUACUUCCCGCAGGGGAUACCCGUAGAAUGGCUGCUUCAGCAAAUAAAAACAAAUCCGACUUUUGCUGCAAAAUUAACACGGUUACUAAUGGACGAACGUACCGACUUGGUGUCAAUGGAUCAUUCUAAUCCGGAAAGAACAACCUGGCUAUAUUGAAUCUUAAACUGAACGAUCAAACGAUGUACACAAUUUCUAGCUAUAUAUUAUAGUUUUAAUAAAUCUGC